AUGGAUAUCAACGAGGAAUUGGUGGAUUACCAGCGGAAAUUGGAGCGAGGAAUCGCCAAUAAAGAGUACUUUUUGGAAAAGGCAAAGGCAGCACUGGAGGUCGAGAAGAACACACCAGAUACACUCUUAAAAGAUGAUAUCGGGCUUUGGAAUUCGUUUAUGGAAAAACCCAUGUUUUUUCCCGAUCAUUCUGAUCCUUUCGGCUGGAGUCUGGCAUCGUUCGAAUUGAGAAAACGGCUCGAAACCAGUGAAGAGUACUUAGAGCAGGAACCAUUGGAUCAGUUGAAAGAUAUGCUUAGUAUUCAAGAAAAGCUUAACAAAGGCAUAGAAAUACUGGAGUCUUUGCUCAAAUUGAGACUCAAAGACCAUCAUGAAGCGCUCGAAAACCGCAGAUCAGGAUCCCUUUCUGCGGGCUCUUGUAAUGCAGAAUUAUGGAAUAUUUUAAACUUACUUGUGCGGAAUUUUGUUGCUGUCGAUCUUUCACCUGAGGGAUCGGAUAUCGACUCGGUGGCGGACGCUAUGCUAGAUGUUUUGAAACGAUUGAUGAAGGCAGAUGGGAAAGUGCCGGUGGAGGAUUUCCAUGGCCAAUGUUCGGGGCUCUACAGAAUUUUAUGGAGGGCUAAAUUUAUACGCAAAUCGAAAGACGCCCAUUUCAUUGAAUUGGUAGACUUUUCAGAGAUGUUUUAA